GUGCCUUAUGGACCCAAAGUUCGCCGGAAGGCCAAUCGCCGUCGCCUCCUCCUAUUACGGAGGUGGCCGGAUGGACAUCGAGCAGAUGCCUGAAACUCCUAAUCGUGGGGCCCGCCACCGCCGAGCGCAGUCGGAGACGUUCUUCCGGUUGCCGGACGAAGACAUACUUCUAGAUGAUGUUGUUGCCGAUUUUAACUUCGCCAACAUCGAUUUACCUUCUCUGUCAUCCGACGCUCCUAUCCCAACAACCACCGGGGAUUCCUCGUCUAAGUCGGAGGGAGAGUCCUCCGAUGUCAACGCUGCUAAAUCGACGGCAAGUAGGCCGCUUAGCACCUCUAGCCAUAUCAGGAGUCUGUCGGUGGACGCUGAUUUCUUCGAUGGUUUAGGGUUGAACUCCGCCGCUGAGUCGGAGAAGUUUAGUGGUGGUGGGUAUCGCCAUAGACAUAGCAAUUCCAUGGAUGGGUCUGCUGCGUCGUCGUUUGAAGGGGAUUCGAUGUCGAUGAUGCUGGAUAAUUCAAAGAAGGCACUUGCACCUGAUAAACUAGCUGAACUCGCUUUAAUUGACCCCAAGAGAGCUAAAAGGAUUCUUGCAAAUAGACAGUCGGCUGCCAGAUCGAAAGAGAGGAAAAUUCGGUACACUGGUGAGUUGGAGAGGAAAGUGCAGACCCUUCAAAACGAGGCAACAACGUUGUCAACCCAAGUCACAAUGCUGCAGAGGGACACGAGUGGCUUAACUUCUGAGAACAAGGAACUCAAGUUGCGGUUACAGGCGAUGGAACAACAGGCAAAGCUCAGAGAUGCUUUGAAUGAAACCCUGAGAGCAGAAGUGCAGCGGCUUAAAAUCGAGACCGGUCAAAUGCUGCCACUUAAUGGGAUGAACUACAAAAGAUCAUUGCCAUCACCUCAAUAUUCUUCACACCCACAAACGUUUCAUCAUUUUGGCAACCAGAACACACAGCAACAGCAACAGCAACAGCAGAUUCGAACGCCUAAUAACCACCAGCCGAAACCUACCUUCAUGGACUUCAAUUAACAGGUAUUUCAUUGUAACAAAAAGAGGGUCAUUUUGUGAAAUGGGAGUGUAGGUGGUAAGUAAUAUGUAGAUAAAAAAAGGAUAGCAAUGAGUGAAGAUUGUUAAGAUACAGCAACUGAGGUUCAAAAGGUUUGACUAUCAGAAGUCAAUGUGAAGUUUGUUUC